AUGGCAGCAACUAUUGACCUGACCCAAGAGGGUACAAUGUUGGUGGCCAUGGAGUCAACAGCAUGUGAGCCUCAUCAUAUUGCACUACCAGAACUUUCUGGCCUUUCCUCCAUUGCUUCACAGAAUGAAUCUGUGGAUGGUUCUGAGCAGCAGCUUCGAGUUUUUCUCAGAGUACGGCCUUUUAGCAAAGAGGAGCUCAAUAACAAUGAGGACCAGGGCUGUGUAGUUUUGGAAAAUGCAGAAACCGCAGUGCUUCAUGCUCCCAAAGGUUCUGCCACAAUGAAGAGCAGUGAAAAAGGCAUUGGCCAGCAAGUGCACAAGUUCAGCUUCUCCAAGAUUUUCGGGUCAGAGUCGACCCAGGCUGAGUUUUUUGAUGGAACAAUCAAGUCACAAGUACAGGACUUUCUGCAAGGCAGAAAUGCACUGGUGUUCAGCUAUGGAGUAACCAAUGCUGGGAAGACUCAUACUAUUCAAGGGUCACCAAAGGACCCUGGCAUUUUGCCACGAGCCCUGGACACAGUGUUCAGGCACAUUAGUGGGAAACUGUAUGAGCACAUGGACCUGAAGCCAUACCUUGGCUCAGAUGUGCAAAAACUGGAUUCUGAUCAGGUGAAAGCAGAGAGGUCUGCCAAAGCUGCACUCUUCAGUCAACUCAAAGAGGAAUCAGAGUCUAGCAGAAAUAGCAGGAGUAGGAGUUCUUCCUGUUCCUCAAUCAACAGUCUGUCUUUCUCUGGAGUCUCCUAUGACCAGACAGUGGACAGUGCAGAGGGUGAUGUGCAGUGUCUCUACUGUAUGUGGGUGGCUUACUAUGAAAUAUACAAUGAGCAAGUGUAUGAUCUGCUUCAGCCACCUCUUACCAACAAGACUAAGAGGCGUGCUGCAUUGCGUGUGUGUGAGGACAGUGCUGGAAAUUCUUAUGUUCGAGAUCUGAGGUGGAUUUAUGUACAGAACGCUGAGGAGGCGGCCAAAGUGCUACGUCUAGGGAACAAGAACCGCAGUGCUGCUUGUACUAAAAUGAACCAAUCAUCCAGCAGAAGCCACAGUAUUUUCACCAUCAAGCUGAUGCGUGUUGAUGGACCUGAUGUCCAGGGUAUAUCCGAGCUUUCUCUUUGUGAUUUGGCUGGAUCAGAAAGAUGCAAUAAAACUAAGACAUUUGGGGAACGUCUAAAGGAGGCAGGAAACAUCAACAAUUCCCUGCUAAUUCUGGGCAAGUGCAUUGCAGCACUCCGUAAUAACCAAGGUGACAGGACGAAGAACAGCUACAUUCCAUUUCGGGAAAGCAAGCUGACUCGUCUCUUCCAGGCAGUGUUCUGUGGUCGUGGUAAAGCUUCCAUGAUUGUCAACAUCAACCAGUGUGCAUCCACUUAUGAUGAGACUCUACAUGUCAUGAAGUUUUCUGCUGUAGCCAAAGAGGUGCUUCAGGUGAUUCCACCCUGCUCUCUCGAGUCUCUAGCACCUCGUCUGAUGGGUCGGGAUGGUAAGCCAUUGCUAAGCAACAAGGUGAUUAACAGCCAGACAGUGGAUGACUACAUGUCUGAUGAUGAGUUGUUGGAUAGUGAAGAAGAGGCAGACAUGUCGAUACUACCUCAGGAGGAACUAUUUAAUAUGGUUGAAAGUCUCAGAGCAAAGCUGUUGGCUGAGCGCAAGAAGAAUUUGAUGCAGGAGAUUCAGAUUCGCAAAGAAAUGGGUGAUGCCAUGAUGCAACAAAUCAUGGAGAUUGAAGAGCUUCACAGUCGUCAGAUGGCAGAUCUGAAGGAGAGUUAUGAGGAGAAGAUGGACAGCACGUUUGAGAUGUAUAAAGAGGCACUAAAGGAGCAUGCCUACCAGUGUGCUCUGGAACGGUUGAACGACGACUACGUGCCUAUUGAUGUAUACACAGAAGAGCAAGACCGAGUCAAGGAGCUUGAGAGGCGUGUAAAGGAAUUGGAAGAGACACACUAUGGUUCUGCUCCAACUGUCCAGCAGGAGAAGACUACACAGACUGACCCGAUACAAGCAAGCACAGAGGAGACUGAGCGGUUUAAACGUCUGUAUAAAGAGAAAUGUGCUGUGGAGCAGCUUUGUGCACAAAAACAAGAGGUGAUCGUGUCUCUUGAUAAACGGCUUAAUGAGUUGAACGAGACUCUGCAGGAAGCUGGAGAGAGCUACAUGGAGAAACUUACAGAGGUCCAAAAUCUGCAGAACAGGCUAAACAAUCAGGAACGAGAGAGUGAGCGUUUGCAGAAGGAACUUACUGAGACAGAGGUGGAGGUCUGCUCUCUGAAGGAAGAGCUUUCCAAGCUGACCAGUGAUUCUGCAGGGCAAUCUCGCUCUAAACGGGGACUGUUGGUUAACAUUAAAGAAUCAAUAUCGACCCCAUCCUCAGGAAAUCUCUGCCGUACAAUUAGGAAAACAGUCCGCACUACCACAUCUCUGAGGAAAAAGCCCAGCUGACUGCUUAAGCUGUGUAAAGUUUUCUACAGGUGAAGGCAGAUGUCUGAUUUUAUGUAUUUUCUAUUUUAUUUAUUUAAUAAAUUUUUACAACUUUCAA